GCGGCUGCUCCUCCCCCUGAAAUGCGUCACAAGGUCACCAGCCAAACAGGUCACUUGCAGCGUUUCCAAGAUGGCAGCCUCCUUGUGUCAGUGUUACCAAGUGUGUGUCAGGAAAAGUUCUGCACUUUUAUUCGCUCGUCAGUAUGCAUCAUUAUACGACAGAGCUCAUGUGUACAGGAUCGCUAUGGCACAGGCGAGGUUUAUGUCCUCCAGCGGUGGUCGGAAGGGCUUUCUGGGAGAGUUUAUGGACAAUCUCAAGCAGGAGCUGAGCAAGAACAAGGAGAUGAAGGAGAACAUCAAGAAGUUUCGCGAGGAGGCCAGAAAACUAGAGGAAUCGGAAGCCCUUAAGCAAGCCAGGAGGAAAUAUAAAACCAUCGAGUCCGAAACAGUUAAAACUUCUGAAGUGUUGAAGAAAACACUCGGGACGAUAUCGGAGACGGUGAAGGAGGGUUUGGGAGAAGUCGGCCGUUCGGACAUCGGAAAGAAAAUCAAAGAAGGCAUGGAGGAAGCAACUAAAACAGCCAAACAUUCGGCUGAGACGGUGUCUAAAGGUGGAGAAAAACUGGGAAAGUCCGGAGCCUUUCGGGCGUUAUCGCAGGGCGUAGAGAGUGUCAAGAAAGAGAUCGGUGACCUGGGACAGAUCGGCCCGUACCGGCCGCCCUCCAGACUCAGGAAGAGGAGCGAUUUCUCAUCUAAGACAGGAAGCACAGAAGCCCAAGUGUUCGAGGCCAACGAGGAGGCGAUGGGUGUCGUGCUCCACAAGGACUCUAAAUGGUAUCAGCAGUGGAAGGACUUCAAGGACAACAAUGCUGUUUUUAACAGGAUCUUUGAGAUGAAAAUGAAGUAUGAUGAGAGCGACAACGCCGUGAUCAGAGCGUCCCGCGCCGUCACUGACAAGAUGACUGACAUCAUCGGGGGCUUGUUCUCCAAAACUGAGAUGUCUGAGGUUCUGACCGAGAUCCUGAAGGUGGAUCCGAAUUUCGACAAAGACUCCUUCCUGAAACAGUGUGAGCGGGACAUCAUUCCCAACAUCCUGGAGGCCAUGAUCCAGGGAGAGCUGGACGUCCUGAAGGACUGGUGCUACGAGGCGACGUACAGUCAGCUGGCUCACCCCAUCCAGCAGGCCAAAGCCAUGGGUCUCCAGUUUCACUCCAAGAUCCUGGACAUUGAUAACAUUGACUUGGCGAUGGGGAAGAUGAUGGAACAAGGUCCCGUUCUCAUCAUCACCUUCCAGGCUCAGCUGGUGAUGGUCAUCUGUAAUGUGAAGGGUGAAGUGAUGGAGGGAGACCCGGAAAAGGUUCUGAGGAUGAUGUAUGUUUGGGCGUUGUGUCGAGACCAGGAUGAGUUGAACCCUUACGCCGCUUGGAGACUCUUGGACAUCUCGGCAUCCAGCACUGAGCAGAUCCUGUAAACAACAGCUUCCUCAGCAGGGACACAAGGGGAGGGAUCGGGGGGCGUGGCUCAAUAUGGGGCGGGGCCACACACAUCAGCUUGUUUUACAUAACCCCGCCCCUGGUGUUUUCUCCCAGAGCUCCGCAGGGUUGUUCGCGUUGAGCCAAAAUGGCCGACCGUUGGUUGGACUCACGCCAUUGGAGCGAAACCCCAUCAGUCUGAAAGACUGAGAGACUCCGUUUUGUUCAUGCGUAUUGUCUUUUUAACUGUUCUCGAAGGAGUAUGUAAAGUCAAGUACUUAUCAAGUGCAUUUCUACAAAGCUAUCAGUGAAAAUGUUUAAUGAUAAUUAUAAUAAAUAAUUCCCAUUGGAUUGAAUCUGAAGAUGACUAGACCUCCGCAGGCGACUUAAAUCAAGAUACAGCCUGGAAUUGGUGUAACAAUGGUAGAUGUCUCUAUUUAUUAAAGAUUUGAUGCAGGUUAUGUCUUUUUAUCAAUUACAGAUUGUUUAUUAAGCCAUCAGUUAGUUUUUUUUAUAUUAAUUUCUACCUCAGUUAUGUGGGGCUAAAAUACAACAAGACAAUAGAAAAUGGUUUGAUUUUCCUUCUGUAUUGCUGGUUGAACUUUAUAAUAAACAUAUGUAUAUUAAAACUAUUUCAUGCUUCACCUCGAAA